UUUGCCUCAAUUAAAUAUAUAUAUAUAUUAAGUCCCAACACAAACAUAUUUUUAGAUGGCCAUCUUCAACCAAAUUUAUCCGAUUUUGCCAUGCCACAUCUGAAAUCCUAUGUGAUAUAUCAAAGCAAUACUAUAAGUACAGAUAGCAACAUCAUGAAAUUCUGGAGAUACAUGCCAGAGGAGUUCCUAAGGCAGUGUAGACUGUCUUUGACAUAUAUAUAUAUAAUUUUACAUUGGGCAUUGGACACACUAGAAAAUUCUCUGAAUGCCCUAUACUUCACUGACAAUCAGCCAGAAUCACUCAGGUCUUUCAAACCACUGUCUCCCUCUGAAUUUCACCAUCAAAAUAUCCCUGUGGAGGAUGAUGAGCAUGAGGAUUUCAUGCUCUGUUCCCUGAAUAAUGGUGAGAUAGCAAAGAAAAUUCCUGUUUAG